CGCCCGUUUCAGGCCGGUUGGCACCCGGCUAACAGCUCCGGCACGUCCGCCGCCCUGGCCGCCCGAGGACCACCCGCCCCGGCCCGCGCGGGUGAGCGGCGGCGCUCCCGCUACUGUGCGUCCUCGGGUGCCCUCGCACCCUCUCUGGACUCCGCCCCGCCUGAGGGCGUGAGGUCGCGGCGGCCGCGGCGGGGCGUCCCUGGAGGUUCUCGCGGAGCGGAGCCCAGUGGGGGUGCCGGAGCGCCCGGGGUCCUGUGGAGGCCCCGGCGUCUGGGCCGCCGCCGCUGCGGGAUGCUCGAGGCUUCCGCCCCACCAGCAUGGGCAGCCUCGCCUACCGAGAGGACCUCGAGGAGGAGAAGAACUCCGCGUUCACCUGGGAGCUGGAAGCCAACAGCAGGGACUACAACAGCCAGUUCAAGGAGAAGUCUUUCCUGUGCCGGCAGAGGAGGAAGUAUAAGAGCAAUGUCAUCCACACGGCCAAGUACAACGUCUUCUCCUUCUUGCCCCUGAACCUGUAUGAGCAGUUCCACCGCGUGUCCAACCUCUACUUCCUUUUCAUCAUCAUUCUCCAGGGCCUCCCCGAGAUCUCCACGCUGCCCUGGUUCACUCUUUUUGUCCCGCUCAUCUGCCUCCUCGUCAUCCGGGCCACCCGAGAUCUGGUGGACGACAUCGGGCGACACAGAAGCGACAGAGUCAUCAACAACAGGCCUUGCCAGAUCCUGGUGGGGAAGAGCUUCCUGUGGAGAAAGUGGGAGGACCUGUAUGUGGGAGACGUGGUCUGCCUGCACAAAGACAACAUCGUCCCGGCCGACUUACUCCUGCUGGCCAGCACCGAGCCCAGCAGUUUGUGCUACGUGGAAACUGCGGACAUCGAUGGGGAGACCAACCUGAAGUUCAGGCAGGCCCCGCCGGUCACCCACCACGAGCUGACCAGUAUAAGGAAGAUGGCAUCCUUCCAAGGCAAGGUGGUGUGUGAGGAACCCAACAGCAGGUUGCACCACUUUGUGGGGUGCCUGGAGUGGAACGGCAGGAAGCACCCCCUGGACAUCGGCAACGUGCUCCUGCGCGGCUGCAAGGUCCGGAACACGGACACCUGCUACGGGCUGGUCAUCUACGCCGGUUUCGACACCAAGAUCAUGAGGAACUGUGGCAAGAUCCACCCGAAGAGGAGCAGGAUAGACCGUCUGCUGAACAGGCUGGUGGCCCUGAUCUUUCUGUUCCUGGUGCUGAUCUCCGUGGCGUUGAGCUUGGGCUUCUGGUUCAAGGUGAAGGAGUUCAAGGCCAAGCACCACUACGUGUCCCCCAGGCACGUGCAGAGCGUGGCCGCCGAGACCUUCCUCACCUUCUGGGGCUUCUUCAUCCUGCUCAGCGUCAUGGUGCCCAUGGCCAUGUUCAUCAUGGUCGAGUUCAUCUACCUGGGCAACAGCAUGUUCAUCAACUGGGACGUACAGAUGUACUACGCGCCACAGGACGUGCCCGCCAAGGCCCGCAGCACCAGCCUCAACGACCAGCUGGGCCAGGUGGGGUACGUGUUCUCGGACAAGACGGGCACGCUCACGCAGAACGUCAUGACCUUCAAGAAGUGCUGCAUCGGCGGCAUCGUCUACGGCCCCGACGACGAGGAGGCGGCCCCGUGUAAGGGGAGCCCCUACCUCUGGAACAAAUUUGCCGACGGCAAGUUCCCUUACCGGAACGCGGAGCUCCUGCGAGCCGUUCGGGGCCGCACGGACGAGGCGGUGCGGGAGUUCUGGCGUCUGCUGGCCAUCUGUCACACUGUGAUGGUCCAGGAGAAAGACCCAGACCAGCCGGUGUACCAGGCGGCAUCCCCGGACGAGGAGGCGCUGGUCACGGCGGCCCGGAAUUUUGGCUACGUGUUCGUGGCGCGCACGCGGGACAGCAUCACGGUGAUGGAGCUGGGGGACGAACGGGUGUAUCAGGUCCUCGCCAUGAUGGACUUCAACAGCAUGAGGAAGCGCAUGUCGGUGCUGGUCCGAAACCCCGAGGGCGCCAUCUACCUCUACACCAAAGGCGCCGACGUGGUCAUCUUUGAGCGCUUGAGCAAGAAAGGCAUGACAGAGUGGACCACGGAGGAGGCCUUGGCUUCCUUUGCCGAGGAGACCCUGCGGACCCUGUGCCUGGCGUACAAGAGGGUGGACGAGGACACGUACGAGGAGUGGCGCCAGCGGCACCGGGAAGCCAGCCUGCGGCAGCAGAACCGGGCCCACGCCCUGCACCAGGUGUACGAGGAGAUGGAGAAAGGCCUGCAGCUGCUGGGAGCCACAGCCAUCGAGGACAGACUCCAGGACGGCGUCUGCGACACCAUCCAGUGUCUCAAGCAGGGGAACAUCAAAGUGUGGGUACUCACAGGGGAUAAGCAAGAGACGGCCGUGAACAUCGGUUUUGCCUGCCAGCUGCUGUCGGAGAACAUGCUCGUUCUGGAGGAGAAGGAGAUCACUCGGAUCCUGGAGGCCCACUGGGGGAGCGACGACGGCCUGCUGGCCGGCCAGGGCCCCCUGCAGAGCCGCUUCCUGCAACAGACCAAGGUGGCCAUGGUCAUCAACGGGGAGUUCCUGGACCAGCUGCUGCUGUCCCUGCGCAAGGAGCCGCGGGCGCUGGUGCGGGACGAGGACGUGGACGUGGACGUGGAGGAGGCCUGGCAGGAGCCCGGCGAGCGGACGACGAACUUCCUGCGCGCCCAGAGGGUGUCCCUGAUGUGGCGGACCCUCGGGACCCAGCUGAGGGGCACGGGGCUGGGGCCGCGGGUCGUCAAGGACUCCGGCGCCCGCGACGGCCCCGAGGUGCGGCGCGAGCGGGCCUUCGUGGAGCUGGCCGCCCGUUGCCAAGCGGUCAUCUGCUGCCGCGUGACGCCCAAGCAGAAGGCUCUGAUCGUGGCGCUGGUCAAGAAAUACCAGCGCGCGGUGACCCUGGCCAUCGGGGACGGCGCCAACGACGUCAACAUGAUCAAGACCGCGGACAUCGGCGUGGGGCUGGCGGGCCCGGAGGGCAUGCAGGCGGUUCAGAACAGCGACUACGCGCUGGCCCAGUUCUGCUUCCUGAAGCGCCUGCUGCUGGUGCACGGCCGCUGGUCCUACGUGCGGGUGUGCAAGUUCCUUCGCUACUUCGUCUACAAGACGCUGGCCACCAUGAUGGCGCAGGUCUGGUUCGCCUUCUACAGCGGCUUCACCGCCCAGCCUCUGUAUGAAGGCUGGUUCCUGGCACUCUUCAACCUGCUGUUCAGCACACUCCCGGUCCUCUACAUCGGUCUCUUCGAGCAGGACGUGAGUGCCGAGCGGAGUCUGCAGCUGCCCCAGCUAUACAUCGCGGGCCAGGAGGACGAGCUCUUUAACUACUGGGUCUUUCUCCAGGCCCUUGCCCAUGGCACCGCCACCUCCCUGGUCAACUUCUUCGUGACCCUGUGGGUCAGCCACGACUCGGCCGGGCCCACCAGCUUCAGUGACUAUCAGUCUUUCUCUGCGGUCGUGGCCCUGUCGAGCCUGCUGUCCAUCACCGCGGAGGCCAUACUCAUCAUCAAGUACUGGACGGCCCUGUCUGUGCUGGCCAUACUCCUCAGCUUCUGCUUCUACAUGGUGGUCACUUGGGGCUGCCAGAGUUUCUGGCUCUUCCAAAUCUCCCCUGAGACCUUCCCGUUCCUGUAUGCUGACCGCAAUGUGCUGUCCCACCCCUCCAUCCUGCUGGUGAUCCUGCUGAAUGUGUCACUAAACACCCUGCCUACACUGGCCCUGCGUGUCAUUUACCAAGCCCUCGAGAAGCCACGCCCCAAGGAGGUGGAGGAGGCCCCGAGCGAGGACAUCACAGCGGUGGAAGCUGCGCCCUACCUCCGCCGGGAGUCGCGCAGGCGGCGCUCCAGCUACGCCUUCUCCCACCGCGAGGGCUACGCGGAGCUCAUCACGCAGGGCACGAUUCUGCGCAGGGCGCCGGGGGUCGACAGCGACAUGCUGAUGGGCCAGAUAAUCCCGUGCCGCGAAGAACUGUCCCCGAGCAUCCAGGAGUCCCCCCGGUGCUCCAGGAAGAUGUCGUUCCUGGGGAAGACGGGGCGCCAGCACCGGGGCAAGGUGUCCUCGAGGGACGGGGGACGAGCAGCCCGCCGUCCUCAGAUCCCCGGCUCCCCGCGGGGGCUGGCGGUCCGGGGCGUCCCAGGAGACGUUGCGGGGGGAGCGGGAGGACUCACGGUGGUCCAGGGGGAGCGCGCCGGGGCCGUCGGGGGCUCCCCCGCCCCCCCAGCAGCCCGCGGACGAGGGGGGCAAGGUGUCCCCCGUGGGGUGACUGCCGGUGCCCGGGGAGGGCGCAGUGGCGCCCGAGGCGGCGGGGCAGCCCCUCCCCGACCCCCGACCCCCGAGGAGCAGUGACCCGCCCCGCGUCGCACCCGCCCGCCGGCCUGCGCGGCCUUCCCCGGGGGGACUAGGCUCCGCGUCCCUUUCUGUUGCUAAUAAACCAGGGUCCACCUUC